AUGGCGGAGAGAAGUGAUCUUUGGUUGGACUUGGCUGCGGAUAUUCCUAUCACUCCCACUCCGUGGGCAAUGGUUGGUGACUUUAAUGCUACCCUUCAGUCUCAUGAAAAGAAGGGCCCAGGAAACUUCAGCAUGGGGUCUGCUGCGGAAAGCUUUUGCAAUGAGCAAUGGUUGACCAUUUUCCAAGACUCCUCUCAAGUGGUUUUGCCUAGAAUAGCUUCAGAUCAUGGAUCGAUUUUGAUGACUGCAAUUGCUAGUCAGUGCCCCUUAAACUGUCCACUUCGGUUCCAUCAGUUCUGGAUGGACCACGAGGAAUUUAAUAAUGUGGUGGCAUCGUCCUGGUUUGAAUGGAUUGCGGGACCCCCUAUUGUUGUUCUCACUUCCAAAUUGAAGCGGCUGAAAGGGGUUUUGAAGACCUGGGCAAGAUCAGCCUUCCCUCACAUUGAAAGAGAGCUUGAGGACGCGAAGACGGCCCUAAACCAAAUUCAUGACCAGAUUGCGAGAGAAGGGAUGAACGACUAUUUGUUUGCCUCGGAAGCUGAUGUGAAGACCGGCUUGGUGAAGGCCUUGGAAAAUCAUGAAAAAAUAUGGGCUAAAAAGGUGAGAAUUAGAUGGCUGAAAGUUGGUGAUCGAAACUCCAAAUAUUUUCACCUUUCUGUCAAAAUGAGAAGAAACAAAAAUACAAUCAGAGUGCUCAAGAGGCCAGACGGUACCAUGGUAGAAGGGCAAAAUCAGAUAGGAGAGUAUAUUGUCGAUUUUUUUGAGCGCUUUCAUAAAGAAGCUCCCAUAGAGACCCAUGCAGAUUUACUGGAUAAUAUCCCGAAAGUCCUUAACCAAAUGGACUGUUAUAGGUUGGAUUCCCUCCCUGGAAAUGAAGAAAUAAGGAGGGCAGUGUGGGAGUUGGACCCGGAUAGCUCGCCGGGCCCUGAUGGAUUCUCUGGUGCCUUUUUUUGCAAGUGCUGGUCUUUAGUGGAAGUGGAAGUGUGCAAUGCGGUGAGACAAUUCUUUAGCACUGGAUACAUGCCCCACGGGGUCAAUAAUAAUUUCCUGGUCCUUAUUCCAAAGGUGGAGGGAGCAAACACACUGGAUAGAUUUCGCCCUCUCUGCAUGGGCAAUUUCUUUUGCAAAAUUAUUUCUAAAGUUAUGGCGAUGCGACUGGAACCUCUCCUUCUUCGGUUGAUUUCAGAAGAGCAGGGUGCAUUUCAGAAGGGGAAGUUGAUUCAUGAUAAUAUCUCUGUGGCCUCUGAGCUAGCAAACUUAAUGUUCUCAGCGACCAAAGUUGGAUCAAUUGGCUGCAUCAACUUCUGA